AUGGGGGCACUGCUGGGGCUGCUGGUGCUGCUGGGGCUGCUGCAGGGCCCCGCCACCCCAAGGCCCGUGUCCGGGGAGCUGCGUGUCACGGCCAUGUGGGUGACGGUGCCGCGGCAGCUCAGCCCCAGAGCCGACACUGGCCCUGCGGCCGUCUCCUACUGGCUGGAGCUGGAGGGGCGGCCACGGGUGCUGCGCCUGCGGCCCAGACGGGGCCUGGUCUCCCACCCCUUCACCCUGGUCACCUACGGCAAGGACGGGGCCCGCCGGGAGGAGCACCCCGUGGUGCAGGGCGACUGCUUCUACCAGGGCGAAGUGCAGGGGAGCCCCGGCUCCCUAGUGGCCCUCAGCACCUGCGGCAGCGGCCUUCACGGCAUGCUCUGGGUGGAGAACGGCACCUACGAGAUCGAGCCGGUCACCGGUGAUCUGGCCUUCCGGCACAACCUCUACCGCCUGGAGGAGGCCGGCUACCCCACCUGCGGGCUGACCCCGGAGCUGCUGCAGCACCAAAGGGCUUUGUUGCCUCGGUUCAGGGCCGCGGGGGUGGAGGAGGAGGAGGAGAUGCUGAAGGAGUGGUGGACGCACACCAGGUAUGUGAAGAUAGUGGUGGUCGUGGACCACGUGCGGUUUGUGAAGUCGGGCAGGAAUGAAUCUGAAGUCUUGAGGCAAGUCCUAGAAAUCAUCAACGUUGCGGACUCUGUGUACGAACAGCUUUCUGUGCAGCUGUUUCUCGUGGGAUUGGAGAUCUGGACCAAAAGCAACCUUAUAAGCAUUAGUAACUCUGUCACUAAGGUUCUUGAUGCGUUUAACAGUUGGCGGAGGACACAGCUGUCUCCACGGAUGCCCCACGACAUCGCUCACUUGUUUGCACUUCAGAGCUUUGGAACUAGCCUGGGACUGGCAUACAUAGGGUCUGUGUGUAUGAACCAGUGGUCAUCAGCAGUUAUCUCCUUCGGCGAGAGGAAGUUGUCCUUGCUCGUUACCACAUUUGUCCACGAGCUGGGCCAUAAUCUUGGGAUGCGCCACGACCAACAGGGCUGUAAGUGCAGACAAAAUAAAUGCAUUAUGCAUGAAACCAUUGUUGAUAGUGAUGCCUUCAGUGACUGCAGCUACAAAGCCUACUUUGACCUGCUUGGGCGUGGUGCUGACUGCAUUCGUCAGCCACCAGCACCUGGCACCUUCUACACCUUGAAGCGUGAACGCUGUGGGAAUAACGUAGUAGAGAGUAGCGAGCAGUGUGACUGUGGUUCAGAAUCAAACUGCAGGGGGGAUCCUUGCUGUCACCCGAACUGUACGCUUACUGCUGGCUCAGUGUGUGCUUCUGGAAGGUGCUGCAAGAGCUGUCAGGUGCUUGGAGCAGGGACGCUCUGCAGAGCAAGUACUGGUGAGUGUGACCUGCCGGAGUACUGCAAUGGGACUUCCCCUGAGUGCCCCCCAGACGUGUACUUACAAGAUGGAGCCCCUUGCAAAGAUGGUGCUUAUUGCUAUCAAGGGAAAUGUGCCUCCCACGAGAAACAGUGCCGGCAACUCUUUGGCCAACGAGCCAGAGCCGCUCCUUUAGAUUGCUUCAAAGCAGUGAAUACUCAAGGUGACCGGUUUGGGAACUGUGGUAUUCAGAACAACAUCCAUUUUAUCAAAUGCAGUACUGAGAAUGUCUUGUGUGGUAGGAUCCAGUGUGAAAACAUAAAGCAGUUGCCUUCCCUGCAGAACCAUGUCACGCUAAUCCAAACCCCUGUUGGGAAUACGAAGUGUUGGGGUCUCGACUAUCACGUCGGGAUGGCAAGGGCUGACGUGGGAGCUGUGGAGGACGGCACACCCUGCGGGAGGGGUAUGCUCUGUAUCAACAGGACGUGCAGCAGCGUGGCGCUGCUCAACUACGACUGCCACGUGCCCAAGUGUCACGGCAGAGGAGUGUGUAACAGCCGCAGGAACUGCCACUGCAGCUACGGAUGGGCUCCUCCGUUCUGCGAACGGGAAGGGUUUGGAGGGAGCAUUGACAGCGGCCCCCCUCCAGCCAGGAAGACUCUUCAGGGAGCAAAAGUAGGAGCAAUACUAUUUAGUCUUCUUUUUCUCUGUAUCCUUGGGGUAACCCUUACCAUCCAUUAUAAACAGAAGAUAGUGGAAUGGUUUAGCAGUUUAAAAGCUCAAUUCCAGAGAAAAGAAGAGCAGGUGUCUCAACUACCAGAAACCCCAGCAGUUCCUAAAGGGGAAGACCUGCUGGUGAGUCAGAAUCCACCACAAAGCACUUCAGCUGAAGACCAACAAACAGCGGCUUUGGCAUCUUCCCUGAGCAGAGCCAGCUGAUAACUCAGCAAAACAACGCAUUCGGAGCAGUUCUGAUCUCGUGUGAUGUGCUCCAUGCUUUGUUUGAGUUAAUAAAUGCUAAGGCAUGCUGUUCCUGCAUCUCGGGCUCUUAAACUGAAGCAGUUAGGUAAGCUAUAGGCAGAGCUUUUAUGCUUCGUACCAAGUUUAUAAAUGUAAGCUUCUUAAACUAGAUGUCAGUAGAUGAUUUGCUCCAGUGUACUACUUCAUCUAA